GCUGCUGGGAGGAGUAGUGCGGAGGGAAGGGGUGGUCUCGGCUCCGCUCAGUCACUUAGUCGCGGCUCCUCCUGCUGAUCCCUCGGAGUCUAUAAGAAGAGAAGAUCAGAAAGAAGCAAAACUCCAACCAAAACUACACGAACGAGAUGAUCAGCGCCAGAGCCGCAGCAAAAUGCUGGAUGGACAGGUCUUCCUGGGAUGGCUGUCACUUGUAGUUCUCCUCUCCAGCGGGACAGCGGCUGCUUACUUCGGAAAUCCAGCCCCUAAGCCCCUACGUGUCCACCCAAGAUUGUCUCCAUCGGGGCAGAAAAUUGGGCAGAGUCUGCACCCAUUCCAGUCUGCGGAGGGAACGCCGCGCCAUGGACGAUACAGCCGACCGCUAACCGGGAACGAGCCAUUGACAAUUCUUCCUCUGACCUCAGAAACGGAGGGAGCUGCAGAAAAAGCCCAUUACAAGAUCUGUGACCGCCUGAAGCUCGAGAAGAAGCAGCGCCGAAUGUGUCGGCGAGACCCCGGUGUGGCGGAGACCCUCAUGGAGGCCAUCAGUAUGAGCGCCCAGGAAUGCGAGUAUCAAUUCCAUUUUGAACGCUGGAACUGUACCCUAGAGGGGCGAUACCGGGCCAGUUUACUGAAACAAGGAUUUAAGGAGACCGCCUUCCUUUACGCCAUUUCUUCCGCUGGACUCACCCACGCCAUGGCGAAAGCAUGCAGUGCUGGGCGCAUGGAGCGAUGCACGUGUGACGAGGCCCCGGACCUGGAGAACAGGGAGGCGUGGCAGUGGGGCGGCUGCGGGGACAACCUGAAAUACAGCAACAAAUUUGUCAAGGAAUUUCUGGGCAAAAAAUCAGACAGAGACCUACGGGCGCGAAUGGACUUACACAACACGAAUGUGGGGAUCAAGGUCAUAAAAGCCGGAGUGAAGACCACGUGUAAAUGUCACGGAGUGUCUGGAUCCUGCACAGUCCGCACUUGUUGGAGACAACUCUCUCCUUUUCAUGAAAUCGGAAAACAGCUGAAACAAAAAUACGAGACUUCUCUCAAAGUGGGGAGCACCACCAACGAAGCUACGGGGGAAGGGGACAUUUCUCCAGCCAAAAAACCUGUAUCCGGUCACACCGACCACAUCCCAAGGACUACAGACCUCAUUUACAUUGACGAUUCACCCAACUUUUGCCUAAUGAGCAGAUAUUCUCCCGGAACCUUCGGGAGGAGAUGUUACAAAGACAAAAACUGUGAAAGUAUUUGCUGCGGCCGUGGACAUAAUACCCAAAGUAAGGUGGUGACCAGGCCUUGCCAGUGUCAGGUGCGCUGGUGCUGCUAUGUGGAGUGCAAACAGUGUACUCAGAGAGAGGAGGUGUACACCUGCAAAGACUAGCUGGCCCCAGUUGGCCAUCGAUAUUCCACGACAUUAUCAUGACAUAUGGAAGCAAACAGGGUUUGAGUGACGUUCUUAUUGGAUGGAGAGCUCUAUGUGACAUAAGCACUUUGUAGGGUUCACCGUGACCCAACUGUGUUGUUGAUGUUCUGGGUUUGUGAAGGGUGAAGAGUCAUGGAUCAUGGCAGAGCACUUGGGUAGCUAGAGGACAUUCCAAUGCCAUCGGUUCACACAGCCCUCAUCUCCUGAUACUCUCGGUUCUCUCCAACCUCCGUAAACACUUAGGCUUUAGGAUGCCCAUUUGGUGACCCUGGAUCCUCGACCGGAGACAACUCCAUGAAUUCAGAUGAUUGAGAAGGGAACAAUUCUGUCAUGCAGUUUAGCUUGUGAUGUUUGUUGUUCUUUGCUUCUGUCCUCCCUAAAGAUGUAAGUCGCUGGUGUCCUCACGGUUCCGCCGUAGGACACUUGGGUCUUAGUCAACGCGAAACCCCAAAUAUCAACUCUGAUCUAGAACCAACGCUGCAAAAUGGAACUGAUGCUAGAAUGAGAUCGGUUCCAUCACUGAUGAGUGAAGAUCUAGUUAGAUCGAGUAAUAGGUUGUCUUUAGACUACGGCAUCGGCAAAACCCACGAUGCCUUUUUUUAGCACUAUCACUGUCUUAAAAACCACUAGAAGUUUAUUUUUCAUUGUAUAAAUAUAUAAAUAUAUAGACUUAUAUUUUGCUUUUUUUCCUUGAUUAAACUAACCCUGUGGAGGUUACCUGAAGAGUUGGGAAAAUACCUACCCCCACCCCUGAUCCAGAUUACAUUGUAAUAUUGGUUUAAUCCGGAGAGUCACUUAGUCUCCCUCUUCUUAUGACUUCAUUCCACUUACUGUAAUACUCAGAGCAAUAAAACCUUAGAUACUGUAUAAUGCUCUAAAACCACUAUAUUAAGGACUAUGGGGCACUCGUUGGAUGUGCCAGCUACACAAAUCUCGGAGUACCGUUUGCCAAACCACACAAGACAGGAACGCUCCCCGCACCUCUGCUAAGCUGUGAAGUAGACAGAUCUUUUCUAUUAAAGAGACCAGCUUAAUGAAUGUUGCCUGGAAAUCUCUUCUGUAUGAAUGACAAAGCUCCUCGGGUAGAUCCUAAAUAUAGACUCAGUGCAGGACAAUCCUCUGUGGUGUCAUUUAGGGGUCCAACUUCCCCAUCGGUGGGGCCUCACAAGUCUUCGUUCUGCCAACAAAACAUUUUAGUAGUAAAUAAUGAAAAAUGAGACAAUGCCAGAGAAUAGCAUCACCAACCAUUCAUGAGACGGACAGACUUUAGGUUGUUCGUUUUUAACUCAUUCAUUGCCAUCAUAUUAUCCAAUAGCUCACCAUUGGCUAUGUUACUUAAGGUGCCCAUACACAUUAGAAUAAAGUUGUCUUGAUUCUCCCGUGACAUCUGCCAUUAGAUUUCAUUAUACCCCACUGGAGAUAAACCACUGCCAGAUGAGCUAAAGGAAACAGAGGAGUCUUCUGAGGGUCAGAGGAUUCUACCAUGGAAGCAAAAGGAGUCUACUGAGGGGUCAGAAGAAUAUACUGAGGGUCAGAGGAUUCUACUAAGGGGGAAAAGUAGUCUGUUGAGGGACAGAAGAGUCUACUUAGGAGAGAGAGAUUUCUACCAAGGGGGCAAAGAAUUCUAUUGAGAGGGCGGAAGAGUUGGAAGGGGACAGAGGAUUCUGCUAGGAGGACUGCAGGGAAUAGAAUUUGUCCAAGGUACAGAUGUAUCUGUAGGGCUCAAAGAAUUCUAGGUGGAGGAGCAAUAUGGAAGGGACCAAAGAGUCUGGUGGGGAUGCGGGGUUAGAGGGGGACAAAGUCAUCUGGCAGAAAUUGUUGAGUCUGGGAACGACCGAGUACAAAGGAGUUUAUAGCGGACAGAAUCUACAAUAGAAAAGGAUGUCUGGAUCGGUACAGGGGAGUCUAACGGUGGACGGGGGAGUCUGGAAAGGACAGGAGAGUCUAGUGGUGGACAGGGGAGUCUGGAGAGGACAGGAGAGUCUAGUGGUGGACAGGGGAGUCUGGAAAGAACAGAGGAGUCUGGAGUGGACAGGGGAGUCUAAUGGUGGACAGGGGAGUCUGGAGAGGACAGGAGAGUCUAGUGGUGGACAGGGGAGUCUGGAGAGAACAGAGGAGUCUGGAGUGGACAGGGGAGUCUAAUGGUGGACAGGGGAGUCUAGAGAGGACAGGGGAGUCUACUGGUGGACAUGGGAGUCUGGAAAGAACAGAGGAGUCCGGAGUGGACAGGGGAGUCUAAUGGUGGACAGGGGAGUCUGGAGUGGACAGGGGAGUCUGGCAGCAGUUUAUUCCCCUCAUCACAUUGAGUAUUUGGCUGACAGCUAUUUAAGGUGAAUGGACACCUUUGGUCAAUGUUGGCCAAGCAGAUUAGUCAGUAUUGUGCAGGAGAGAUGGUCAGUGUUUCAUAGACAAAUAAAAGAUAGACCUUCUGUGUUCUUAUUCAACUGCUCCUAAUAAUGGAGUUUGCAUCAAGUUAGGCCAGAAAAUUAUCCAGCAAAAACAGAAAAAUCUUAAAAACCCAAAUGUUCCAGAAAAGACUCCAGAGACCUACCGGCGAGAGAGUCAAUGAAGAGAGUACUUAUAAACUCUGACCCCCAGUACCUCGUUAUACACCAUCAUGUUACUUUUAUAACUAUAAAUAGUUGUCCCGAGGACCAUAAGCCCCAUAUAAGCACCGAUACCCAUCUCUUCCCCCCAAAGGAUAAGCUUUUCCACAGCAACACCCCAAAUCUGGUUAAACCUGCACGUUACAUUUCUUUUAGACUAUAGCUGGCUUCUGACUACAUGGACUCCAAAGCAUCGACCAAAUCCAUAGCUAUAAAAAAAUAAAUAAAAAAAAGUCAUAUAAAGAUAUAUAGCAAUUAUCUGGAACUGUAUUCAGUGUGAAUAUACGUAUAUUAUAUUAUAUAUAAGAACAUUUAUUUAUUCUAAAGCAUUUUUGAAGGACCUUACUAUGGUUUCAUUGUGGUAUUACAUCCAGUUAUUCGCAGUCACAGACGCUUUUAUAACCUUUUUAUCCUUUUCUAAUUAGAGAUAUUUUUGAGUAGACACAGAUUUUGUGCCUUCAGUACGGAAGAAACACGUCGCGGUGGCUGAAUCAGAUACACUAAGCUUGCACAUCCUUUUUUUUUAUUUCAUUUUUUUUUUAUCAGAUAUGUUUUGAAUAUUCCCAAGAAAUGCAAAAAAAAAUUAAAACAAUUAAAAGCAAAAAAAAAAUAAAAUAAAUAA